AUGAAUACUAACAGUGGUAUUCCAAGUCAAGACGAUUUUAAUAAUGAUUUGGCAGAAUUGGUUAGAAAGUCCUGGUCUGAACCACAGGAUACCCCUUCGCAACCACAGGACGUAGGUUCGCCAAUUGAAACGAUUGAAACUAUUGAAGAAGAGAAUGAACAUGAACAAGUAGUGGCACAGGAGAAAUUACCAAAAGAAUUGUACACUAAAGAGGAAGAAGAAGUUAAAGCACUACAGGAAAAGACUUUUGUUCCAAUUGAAGAAGCAAAGACUGGUGAAAUCGAAGAAGGUUAUAACUAUGCCUUUUUAAAUAACGCUAACCAGAAAUCUUCAGAUUACCAAUUGUUUAAACGUCAUUAUAACCUUACCGAUGAAUCUUCAAAUGCUAUUACUGAUAUUUUAGAUGAUUUGGAUUUGAGUGGAUCCCCUGAACCUUCUAGAUUGGAGGCUCCAUUGAAUCCCCCAGUUAUAUUAGAUAAUAAUUCUCAAAUGCCGUUAAGACGGAGUUCCUUACAAGAAGUACAAUGGGUAAGGCAAUUGUUGAAUCCAAGAAGUUCGUUCUCUGGAUUCUCGACUAACGAACAAAUCCCUGACAAUAACUGCGAUAAAAGUUGGAUUACUAUAUUGGAUAAUGACGAUCCGGAAUCUAUCAAGUCAAUUGUUGUUCUGCACCAAUCGUUAAAUCAAGUAGGGACUAAAUACGGUUUGUGCGUGCUAUAUUCUGGAAAUAUGGACAUCUCUUUAUUAAAGAAUUUGGGAAUCAAAACCAUCCAAGUCGGCGAAUCAGUGAUGAAAUUCCUGUCUGUUGACGGAUAUUCAAUCAGUUCUAGCUUGUCAAAACUCUUUCUCUUUAUGACUUUAAUGAAUAUAUAUGAAUUGGUAUGUUACCUAUCGCCAACUUGUAUGGUUCUAGAAAAUAUAGAUGAAUUGUUGUCAAGUUCAGAAGUUUGUAACGAAAUUGAUAACGAAACGUGUGUACUGCUAACUAAUGAUGGGAACAUUUCAGACGAUGAAAUUUUAAUCAUAAUAACGAGACCGAAUAAUGAGGUUGCAAUGUGUAUCCAAGAGUAUUUCACAGUUUAUGGGGAUAAUAUUGAGCAACGUAAUAAAAAACUAGAAGAGAUGAAAGAUGUCCAAAUUUUAAGGGAAUUGUUCGGGGAAACAUGGGCGCACUUGUCCUCUGAAGGAUAUUGCCAAACAUUAAAACUGGACAGCACACGUGAAGACGUCAAUUGUAAAAUAGUCGAUUAUAAAUUAUUGAAGCCAUGGAAUAUAGAUGUCAAUACAAAGAUGAACAUCCUUCACAACCCAUUAUAUGGAAGUUGGUAUCAUGCAUGGCAUAACGCAAUAAAGAGAUGA